AUGAUUGGCUUAGAUUUUCCACGCCACCACCUCCCUACUUGGUCGCCCAAGGCGCCCCCGCCUCUCUUUUCCUUGACGACCUUACGUGAGGCCUGCCUGCUGCACCGCUUUGUCUCGAUGCUGCUGUCGCCGCUGCUAGCAUGGCUUCUUUGGCUAAGCCUAGCAUGGGCGCCUGCGCCUGCGCAAGCGAGGGGAUCUCCCUCUGCGUCGCCGACGACCACACUGCCGACCCCUACGACCGCCUUGGCCGCGCGAGAUGUGCCCAUCACUACGACUCUCCCUCCUGUGUCUGUGCUGCUUCUGGAUCUACCGAACGAUGGCACAAUGCAAUUCCCCUCUACGUCGAUGCUGUACUAUGGUAAGGGCUUCCAUACCGAGACGUCCGUGUACGCCGUCAUCACCGGCACGUCCGGCGUGGGCGACGGUCCUCAGACCAACUACUAUUACCAGGGCCCGUCUGGGAUCCACUUGGGCCACAUCGCUCUUACCGCGGAUACAGGUGAUCAGCUGGUUACAGGUACCUUUGACUUGCAGUGCAGUCGCGGUACGUCGUACGCGGGGUGGAAGUGUCAAUAUGGCUACGAAACGACGCAGGGCACGUCGAUGUACACGACUUUUACGACAAACAUCCAGAAACAGACCAUGAUUACGCCCAUCCCUGGCCUGCUUGAGCAAAUGCGGAAGAGCGAGGCGACGCAAGGGGUCACAGGGACGCCGUCGUUCUCGCCUGCGAGUCUGGCCGCCGCUGCCAAAUCGCAUGCGGUACGCAGUGCGUUGUUCUCCCCUACAAUGCUCUUUUCGCUCGUCGCCGGCGCUGUGAUGCUCGGCGCCUUGGCUUUGUAA